AUGGAUCGGAAACGUGUUAAUGGCCCCGAGCAAAGUGUCCCUCCUCUCUUGAAGAAUGUACCAGCAACACCUCCUUUAUUCAAUGAACAAAACAAACGAGCUGAUCAGCGAUGUGCACACGAUCUACGACCUAUUUUCCUAAAGACAGGUCUUGUGAAUCAAGCCAAUGGAUCAGCAUAUAUUGAAAUGGGCAAUACGAAGGCUGUGUGUGCAGUAUACGGUCCUCGUCAACUGAAACGAUCCGGAUUUUCAAAUAACGGCACAUUGAAUUGCGAAUUCAAGUUUGCUACAUUUUCAUGCGCAAAACGACGGGGUCAUAUGCGGGACGCUGAAGAAAAGGGGCUCUCCAAUACACUUGUACAAGCAUUGACACCCGCUGUCCGAUUAGAACUACUACCAAAGUCAGCCAUCGACGUCUAUAUCACAGUCCUUGAGAAUGAUGGUACAAGCUCAUGUCUUGCUGCUGCUAUCAUUGCUGCUAGUACAGCCUUAGCCGAUGCUGGUAUCGAGAUGUUGGAUCAAGUCACUGCAUGUUCAGCUUUGUUUGCCAAGGACCAAAUCAUUAUGGAUGGAACGGAGAAUGAGGAAAAGCAAAGGGAUGGAUCCAUGGUGCUUUCAUAUAUGCCAUCAUUAAAUGAGGUGACCCACAUUGUACAAACCGGACAAUCUGAUCCAGCCAUUGUAUCACAGGCAGUUAGUCAAUGUAUUGAUGCAUGUUCCAAGAUCCUUAGUGUCAUGUCCACGGCUCUUGUUGAAUCCUUGCGGCAAUAA